AGCUAACCGUUAAUAUCGGGAGUGAGGCAUAGAAAGAAUUGAGUAAAGAUAUAGAUAACGUGGAACAGAAAGGAAAAUGGCACUCUCACUGUGUUCCGGUGUUCGCGUUCCUUAUUGCUCUCCUUCGUGUUUUUGGAAACCGAAUGGUAAGAAUUGCGAAGCGCCUACUAAGUUGCCAUGUGCAGUUCACAGUAACAAAAAUCCAUUGGUUGGAAUGGGUAUUGGGUUGGUAACGGCUUGGGUGAUGGGUUUAACGGCAUUGGACGCGGACGCCACAAGAAUCGAAUACUACGCUACCGUUGGAGAGCCUUUGUGUGAGUACAAGUAUGUGAAGUCUGGCCUCGGUUACUGUGAUAUUGUUGAGGGCUUCGGUGUAGAAGCUCCACUCGGUGAGCUUAUCAAUGUUCACUAUACUGCGAGAUUUGCCGAUGGAAUAGUGUUUGAUAGCAGCUACAAACGUGGUAGAUCUCUCACCAUGCGCAUUGGUGUUGGCAAGGUAAUCAAGGGACUGGAUCAGGGAAUUUUAGGGGGUGAAGGAGUACCUCCAAUGCGGAUAGGUGGUAAACGCAAACUGCAGAUUCCUCCACAGUUAGCAUAUGGCCCUGAACCUGCGGGGUGCUUCUCAGGUGACUGCAACAUACCCGCCAAUGCCACUCUUCUGUAUGAUGUUAAUUUUGUUGAGCUUUAUUCGGAACAGAUCGAAGUGAACGAACUCGAAACUGAUCAGAUACAUAUAUGCAUAUGAACCACACAUGGAUUGGGUAGAAGCAGACCUGCGGUAAAUAAAUUUAAUAUAUCUUCCUGUAGUAUAACGUGAAAACCUCUACUUAAAGCUAUUAUUGCUAAAGAGAUAAUGGUGAUAUUUACUGAGGAGAAUGUGGAUCAACUUGUUUGGCAGAAUCUCCUUCCUGAUUCCAGCUACCAUAAAUUAUUGUUCCUGUUUAGUGGAGUGGUACAUGAUUGACCUGGAUAUACCUUUUGAGAAUAAUGACCAGUUCUACCUGGGAUAUGUAUUAGAUAAUUCACGUGUAUCUCUGAAUGAUAAAAAUUUAUUAAUUCUUCAUAUGAUAAAUGUUACUUCUAAUA